AUGCGACGCACUUUGAAGUUGCUGCAAGACUCGUCACGGCAGCUGCAGCACCCCACCUCGUCGUCGCCAUGGUCCCCCCACCCAGGCCUAUGGGUGUACCCAUCUAUACUCUCGACCUCGCAGCAACGUGUGGUGUUACGACAUUCGUUGGCACUCCUCUCGUCACCCUCACGUACGACGUCGCAUGCACGACGGCUGGCACGGAAUUACCUAAAGGCCCAUCCCGAUCAUCCGAAGGAUACUUUUCUCCCGCCUGAGGCGUACGAGUUCGAGAAGGGGCACUUUGAUGGGGUCAUCACGGGGUACAGGGAGAUGUUGGUCAGACCGGGGAUGCUACCCAAGGUUGAUGACGAACUGGUACACGCUCUAGCCAAGGUCUAUUCGCUCCUGCCUCCUGCCAAAGUCGUUGCUUCCGGAUCAACGCCCGAUUCUCAGGCUGGUUCGAGCAUGGGCGAACACCCCGUCGACCCACCGGACCACCUCAUCAUGCAUCUACUUCAUCUGUCCUCGGAGGGCGAGAUCAGACCACAUAUCGACCACUUGGAAGCCUUCGGGACGAGCAUCGUGGGAUUGAGCUUGGGAGGUGAAAGGAUGAUGAGAUUCCGGAAGGCCAAGCAGGGGCCCGAUCAAGAACCGGAGAUGUUACCGGAGGGGUCAAAGAAUGAGUUUGAUGUGUUACUCGAGCCUGGGGACGCAUAUGUGCAAACGUAGGUUAUUUGCUUGUGAUGGUUGGGCGAGCGAAUGAGCACAGUUACAUUUCUUCCUUCGCUUGAUCAGAUGGCCACUUCGGACUCAGUACACCCACGAGGUGUUGCGAACGGGUGAGUACGAAGGUCGACUGAUCGGUGGAUCACAGCGGUUGAGCAUCAUGUUGAGGGUACGUAUCUCAUGACUUCGUGCCUUUCGGCCUACUGGGGGACCGAGCCGGAUCUGACUCGCCCCGAAAUGCCAUUUUUGGCUUGCAGGACAAGCUGCCGGGAAGCGAGGGGAAGGGUACGGCUGAUUUGGUCGUUUAA